AUGGCAGCACAAAAAGACUUGGAAAGCCAACCGCAGCAGUCGGACGAGCGGACCCCGCUCCUGGGGACAUCCGCCGAGGCCGGAUCAAGCCAGCAGCCGGUAGAGCAUCGGAACGACGAUAACGGAGCCAACGAAGGCAUUCAAGAUCCGGAGCAGGUGCCCCUCAUCACGGGCCCGAAUGGAGAGGAAAAGAGGGAGAGGACGACUAGCUGGUGGUUAUGGCGGGCGUUCUGGGCAGUUCUCGCCAUCUUCGUCCUGGCAGUCUUUAUCAAAGGCUGGAUUGAUGCCAAAGAUACUAACUUUGACCUCAAAGCAGCUCUUAUGAGAGCUCUAGGUGGUGGCUUGAGUGGUGCCGCGGCUAUGGUCUUGCAAGUUUUAACACUCAUGCCCAUCCGAACUAUCAUGAACUAUCAGUAUCGUUUUGGAUCUGGCUUCAGGGAGGCAACUCGCACUCUUUAUGAAGAUGGAGGAGUGCGCAGGUACUACCAGGGAAUCGGAGCCGCACUGAUUCAGGGACCGGUCUCCCGCUUCGGCGACACUGCCGCUAACGCAGGUAUCCUUGCCCUCCUCGAGUCGAAUUCGUUCUUGAAUCAGCUCCCUACCCUCAUCAAGACCAUCUUUGCCUCUCUUUGUGCUGCUGCCUUCCGCAUGAUCUUAACUCCCAUCGAUACCUUGAAGACGACGUUGCAGGCCCAGGGAGCGAAGGGUACCGCUAUUUUGAGACAGCGCGUCAAGACAAAUGGCAUCGGUAGCUUGUGGUGGGGAGCUUUUGCGACUGCCGCCGCCACAUUUGUCGGCCACUACCCUUGGUUUGGCACCUACAAUUACCUUUCCGCCAACAUUCCCGAACCGGACAAGAGUGAUAUCUUCGUUUGGCUUUUGCGUCUUGCUUUCAUUGGAUUUUGCGCCUCCGUCAUCUCUGAUUCUGUUUCCAAUUCGUUGAGAGUGGUAAAGACCUACAGACAAGUCAACGACACGCAGAUUUCGUACUCCCAAGCCGCAAAGAUCGUCAUACAAAGAGAAGGCUUCCUCGGCUUCCUCGGACGUGGCCUCAAGACCCGAAUCUUGGCCAACGGUCUUCAGGGCGUGUUGUUCUCUAUCCUUUGGAAGUUGUUCCUCGACCUCUGGGAGAAGAAGACACACUCUUAG